CAAGAGACAACGCGCGCAACAGGCGUGGGGGCUGUGGGGUUGGAGUUAUGAUUUUGAGACGGGCAAAAGAGCCUGAUCGCGCACUUUCAUAAUUAAUUUGAAGUACGACUUAGAUUGUUGCGUGACCACGCUUAUUUUUUCGCACCAUCUACUUCUUAUUACAUUUGUAGUAAGAGAGCACAUACAAUUGAAAUGACUGCAUUCAGGAGAAAAAUAGCUUUGUGUAACCAGAACCAGAAGUACAAUAUGGCAGACAAGACAAAUGUCUCAUAUAAAAAAAAAAUGAAAGGACGCAAAAUAAUAAGAUUACCACUUAUCAAUUUAUCAAGAUGACUUCUGACAUUACAAGAAAUAUUCAACGACAGGAAGACGAAAUGGCCGUGCUUUCCAGUAUCUACAAUGAAAAAGAAUUCUGCUAUAUGACAAUGGAGUGUAUAAAAUGUUCAAUUAACAUUUAUCCAAAAUUCCUUCAGAAACUAGAGAUAAAGUUCAUCAGCGAUUGUCCUUCCGAUUCGGUUUCCAGCAACAGUUUUCUUGUUGAACAUUUGCCACCAAUCAAAAUGUUUAUAAAUUUUCCCAACACGUAUCCAUCUACUACACCACCAAACUUCUACCUUUCCAUUCUCUGGUUGACACCUUGGGAAAUAUCUUUCGUCUGUCAGAAAUUGGAUGAAAUAUGGAAAGAAAACCAGGGCAACGAGAUCAUUUAUCAAUGGCUAAGUUUUCUACAAGAUGAAAUCUAUGAUUUUCUAAAUGUGUCAGAAUCUCUAGAUAUUUCCUUCUUAUAUUUGAUUUACACAUCACAAGAUAAUGUCGCAAUGCAUCUGACCGAGUUGUCUGAUCCCAGGGCUAAGAACGGUGCAUUGUUUUCAAAGGCAGAUAUCAAAAAAUUAUUGAUAUUGUAUGAUAAGGAGCAACAUAAAGCAGAAUUUCAUAAGAACUUUUAUACUUGCUACAUUUGUUUCGAGGAGCACGCAGGAAAAAAUUGUGUUGAACUAGAAAAUUGUGGCCACGUCUACUGCAGAGAUUGUAUGGAGAAGUACACACGUAUCAAGAUUACGGAGCAUGCUAUUGAUUUAUUGUGCCCAAUGAUAGACUGCAAACAAAAAAUGGACGAUAUUGAUAUCAAGGCUCUCUGUCCGGAUUUAUUUUUUCAAUAUGAAGAAAACAUGUUGCGAGUAGCGUUAGACACCAUGGACGACGCAGUGUAUUGUCCACGAAUUUCUUGCCAAUAUCCAGUUAUCCGAAACUCGGAUGACGACGCACCAAUCUGCCCCGCAUGCAGCUACUGUUUUUGCAUCUACUGCCAUAAGUCAUAUCAUGGACAUGAACCAUGCGAAAUGACAUCAGCCGAAAUAAAAAAACUCAUCGAUGAAUAUAAAAACAGCAGUGACAAGAAGAAAAAGAUGCUAGAGAAAAAAUACGGCAGGCGACAAAUGCAGUCGGUUGAGAAAUAUCUUACAAUUGAGUAUCUACAAAAUAAUGCGAAAAGUUGUCCAAAGUGCCGUACUCUUAUUAGCAAAACUGAUGGUUGUAACAAAAUGACAUGUACACACUGUCAAUCUUAUUUUUGCUGGCUGUGCAACAAACAGAUAUAUGGGUAUGAUCAUUUCCAUAGUGCUAGUAGUCAGUGUUAUGGACUUUUGUUUGACGGCAUGGAGAUGGACGACGUUAUGGAUUUUGAUGCAAUAGAAGCAAUACAAGUAAUAAAUGCAAUGGAGGCAAUGGAAAAUUUAAAUAUAGCAAUGUAAUUCGGAUUUAAAGCUGAAAUUAUCGCAGACUUUUGUCAUUUAUAUUUUUUGAAACGGAAUCAUUUUUUUAAAGAAAUCAGUAUUUUGAAAAAGACGGAAUCAUUAUUAAUUAUUGACUAUAAUUUUCGACAAGUGUAAUUUGCUUUUUUUGCUUUUUUUCA